GUAUCGAUUAUGGCUAGCACCGCUCAAGCAUCCGCCACUUACAUACAGUAAGUUAGUGUCAUGAUCCUGGCUGCUCAGAAGAGGUUCUUCUUUUUCACCCAAGGAUAUGCCUCUCAAGUGUCUUGUUGAUCCUGCUUGGAAGUUCUUCUUUUGGAAAAUUUUCAAAAGGGAGAGAAGGAUCGUCCUAGUGGUUCUUCUUAAGAUCGAUUGUAUGCCGUACCUUCAAGAUCUACAAUCAGGCCAUUUCUUCCGAUUCCCGAGAAGGAAACAGAGGAAAAAGGCCCUUGGGAAUGAAUUAUUUUGAGGCGUAACAAGGAUCACGCACUUCUCAGGGAAGAUCGAUGCUAGCGCGGUAGCUCUAAAUCAGGGCGUUGAUGUAUAACAAAGCGCACCACGGCGAACCCAUUCCCUCUGUGGAAUUAAGGCGUACCUCUGUCACUCUUGGUGAAACUCAGGCAGCAUCCACUCGCACUCACCCUUCGUUUUGUCUCUCACCCUGUGAUUGUCCAACCCCAUUGGGCUCUGUGUAUUUACUCUGCCUUCUUAGGCUCUGUGUACUCAACUAUAUCGACUGAAAUUGAGGGAUAUUUCUGGUAGUCAACGUCAAAUGUAAGGAACUAAGCACUCAUGGCAAUGAGCUCUAAUCAAGGCGGUCACCAAGAGGAUAGAAAAAUUUUCGCUCCGCGUCGCUGGUUUGUGGAACCAGUUUCACCAUCUAGUGGCCCCCUGGAACGAGGAGCCCGAUGUAGAAGACGAAGUUUCACCCACAGAGUCGGCCCAGAAGUUGCAGGAGUCUCUGGAUAAUUAUGGACACUCUUCGGCUAAAAAUGUCAUCUGUAGGACUCUGUGUAAUUUCCUAUAUGUCUUGAAGAUAAAGACAUUUGAUCAAAGACUUCCAGAAAUACACUUGUCUAAGAAAAAGAGCGGAAAGCCUGUGAGCUGCGACACAAAAAGGACUGCACACCUGAAGACGACGCAACGAUAUGUGGGCUCGUGCUUAUGAUGUGGUGUGUAUUAUAGUUGAUUUUGAGUGUGUGCGGUCUCCCUUGCUUUGUGUAAGUCUUGUUUCAAACUUGGCCAGGGAGGGUUAGACAUGAAACACUUGCCCUUGAGCUUGGCCCUAUUUCGAUGUGGUUAAGUGUUUAUCUGCUUGUUUUCUGCUGUUGUAAGUUAAAGUUUAUGUUGUUACCUCAAGUGGUUUUACAAGGAGUACUAAUACUUCUUACUACUUUCUCGUAUAACUGUCAUUCCAUGCCGCAGUCAUUGGCCAGACAUCGAUAACCUAACCUCAAGUCGAGCAGACUGCCUUGAAUUGAUGGGUGACUGAUAGAUUGGCUCUUCCUCUUUCCCUCUUCUUUUGAAGAGGAAAGCAAACCCCUCAUCGGAUUUCCACGAUGCAUAUACAGAAUUUAUGUGAACAGUUCACGGGAAUAUGAGGGAGUUCCGCACUCAUCAGGUACCUGAUAACGAUGAUCUACUUAUAGAGACAACAUAGUGAUAAUCUACUACCUGGGGUAUUAAGCACCGUCUGCUCUAAUUUUACCCGAUUGGAAAAAGCAUUGAUCGCAGCACGGGCGCCAAACCACAGUGCGACG